AGCCCCUUCCUCCUGCAGCUGGAGGUGUUUGAGGGCCACGGGGACCCCCCCGGGCGGCUCCUGGCCCAGGCGCAGCACGAGCGGGCGUUCCUGCGGGACGGGGUGCGGAGAGUCCCGGUGCGAGAGGGGAGGAUCCGGGCGACGCUUUUCCUGCCCCCCGGAGAAGACCCCUUUCCAGGAAUCAUUGACAUACAUGGAUUUGGAAGAGGUCUUUCUGAGUACAGAGCCAGCCUGCUGGCCAAUCAUGGUUUUGCCACACUGGCCCUGGCUUAUUAUCAAUAUGCGGAUCUGCCCCAGGAGCCAACUGAACUCCACCUGGAAUAUUUUGAAGAGGCAGUGAACUAUAUGGUGCAGCACCCACAGGUGAAGGGACCACGUGUUGGUCUGCUUGGUUUCUCCAAAGGAGCUGAACUGUCUCUCGCCAUGGCCACCUUCCUGAAGAACAUCACAGCAGUUGCUUCCCUCAAUGCUCCUGUGGCCAUCACAACUCUUCCUCUCUGUUACAAGGAUAAAACCAUCCCCACUUUGACCAUUGAUGAAAAACAGAUCAAGGUCACUGAUUCCAAUAUUCUUGAUUGUUCUGACAUCCUUCUUGACCCCUUUCAAGCCCCUGGCAACCAAAGCCUGAUCCCACUAGAGAAAGCUGAGGCACAGUUACGAUUCAUUGCUGGACAAGAUGAUCACAUUAUUAAAUCUGAGUAUCAUGCUACUGAAGCCUGCAAGUAUUUGCAGGCUCAAGGGAAGGAAAAUUUUCAGAUUCUGUCUUACCCUGGCACAGGGCACUGCAUUGACCCUCCCUUUUUCCCUUUGUACUCCAUAGGAAACCAUCCCAUUCGCAAGCCGGCAGUCCUGGGUGGGGAGCUCAGGGCUUAUUCUAAAGCUCACGUUCAUGCCUGGCCACAGAUCCAGGCUUUUUUCAACAAAUAUUUAAAUGGCAACUAA